AUGCAGCCCAUGCAAGGGCAUCCAACCCGAAAAGGGGUUACGGAGGACGGACAAGAAAAUACUGGAGCAACACGUCCCCAUUCACCGUCUAAUGAACCAAAAUCCAGGAGAUACGAGAUUCGUACAUUGUUAGAUAUUGGACGUCGGCUUGGUGCGAAAAGUGAUUCUUCUUCUUACAGCUGUAAUACUAUCGAUGUCGCUUCUCUAAGACAACGCAAAGAACACUCUGAGAAUCGGGUGUUGGCAGAAAAACCGGUUAACCGUCACCGAAUCUCCUCGAGCUUCUCUCUGAGUAACGAGGACGGAUUGUUGCUCUCACAAGCCAAUAGUGUUCAGUAUCCUCGUCGCCAACCAUUAAACGCGCCCCAAGGUAACCUUGCCCAAAGAGAUGCAGGUUUCGCCCGAUUUUUGAAGGAACAUGCGUCACCCAAACAUCACAGAGUCACUGCAGGAGGUCGAAUAGUUCCCAUGAACCUCGCAUCUUCUCCUGCCCCUGAGUUCAAGCUACCGGCCAAAAGUUCAGAAAAGUUUGAAAUGAGGAAAACUAAUAAUAACUACUUACAAAACCGGACAUUGAAAAGGUGUACCGAUUUUAAUCAUGAAAUGGAAGGUAUACAGCAACCGGUGUUGCGUCGUGAAUCGGAUUCCAACACACCUGCUGGCCUCAACUUGGUUCCACGGGUGUUAUCCGGGUCGGAUUGCGGGCAAAUGAAUCACCCUCAGCACACCGUUCCGAACGUGUCAACCAGGGCAACAUCAGGUCAACAAUCCCAACGAAGAGAAAAUGGACCCUUCAACUCUCAUCAGAUGAGAGAUGAAACGAUCGGACAAUUAACCCCUGAAAGCACCUCUGCUGCCUCUGGUUACUUAGUACCUAAUGGAGGAAUUGAUCAGACUGGCUGGACCCCAAACAACAUCCAACAGUAUAAUGCUCCCUCUUCAACGGGCCAAUCAUUCCCAAUGGCAUAUACAUCGCCACACGGUGCAAUUCUCGGUAUGUACCCCGCCGACCAAUCAAGCAUAAUGAUGUCUGCUCCUAUGCAGCUGUUCCCAAUCUCAGCAAUCCCGAUCAAUCAAUCCAUGAUCCAGCACGCACAAGCUUCAAACUUGGUAGUGUCAUCGGCAGGCCUGUCAGGGGAACCGUUAACCCACAAAGCUCUCGAAAAGGCGUCCCAGGAGUACGAUACGCUGACAGACCAGCUUUCAAAUUUGGAUAGAUACCUUGCAAUACACUCCUGGGAUAUUGAUCCAGUUGCGAAGAAAAUCCUUAUUGACCAGCGGGUAGAACUUGUCAUGAAACUUGACACUGCAAGAUCAACGAAGGAGCAAAUUGAGGCAGCAAUCCAAUACCUGGUCUCUCAACCCACAGACGAGCAGCCAAGUAGAAUUCAUUUGGAUGUGAGGGGAAACAUGUUCAGGAGCGCCAGCGAAGAAAUUAUGGAAUGCUCUCCAGCUGAAAUUGCUCGUGUCUAUCAUGAUAUCGAGACAGCAGCUAGUCGAGGUGAACCAUUAGGACCACUGAUCGAGGAGCUGGCAAUCGUGGCAAGAAAGUUGAAUAUUUCUGGUAUCGCGAAAAGACAAGAUAUUGUGAUGCGACGGGGAAAAGAGUCACCAUGUAUUGAUCCUGGUGAGAACCAGCUCACCAUCGUUCCAUUCAACAGAGGAACCACAAUUGCGAGUUCCAGUGACAAGUCAAACCACACACGCUCCGUAACAACUGGUUCACAAGUUACCUCCCAAGACAGCAUGAACCAAAACUCCACCAUCCGAACACCCGAAAAGCAUUGGGACACUUCGUUGCACAGAACUACGGGACAGGACAACAAUGGGAGUAAACAUAAAGAUGAUGAUAACAACAUUUAUUCUGGUCGAAAUAGAACCAGAACCGAAAACGCUGGGGCAAGCGAAGAGAAACGGCUAACCUACGAUGGUGGUAGCCUUGACAAUUUGUGUAAGGAUAGUAAGAUCAUGUCUCCCACACCCGCUGGCAAAACAGCUGUACCGGAACAGCAUCUUUCGGUGUCCUCGAACGCAGCCGCUGGAGACAAAGAAACGAGACAGACUGCUCCACGCAGCAAUGAGUUUCCAUUCAGUCCUUGGAAUCAAGUGGCGCAUCACGGUGGUUUGCAGCCAAAGGCAACUACUUCGACGGCAUCGUAUAACGUGAAUGCCUACGGAUUCGUACCCCGUUUUGAUGGGGCUAACGAUCCAGAUAACCGCAAUCCCAAAGCAGCAAGCGACGUUUUGAAUUCUGCCGUUACGAGAGGUGCUAGCAAAACCACGGGCGACAAAUGGUAUCGCAAAACACCCCGCAAAGACCCCGAUCCGUUGGACGUACGAGCUUUUUUCCAGCACCUGCGUGAACAGGAAAAAGAAUUGAUGGAUAGGUACCGGAAGGAGAGCCGUCCCUUUGGAUAG